CUGCAACUUGUAAUUCAGACGAGCAAGUGCCUCGAUGAAAAAGUCGCCUCCUUUAUUCGUGAACUCGUAACGCCCGGCUGUGAAGAAGUACAGUGUUUUGUCCAGGUCGAAAUUUAG